GCUGGGUACAGGGGAUCCAGAGAUGUAUAAAACGCAGAAUCUCAUCCUCCAGGGGGUUCACAGUCUUAGGAGGGAGACAGACACGUAAACUGGCAAUGACAAAACAGUAGAAUAUGUGCAAGAAAUACUUGAUCAAGACAGCUUUUUGCCACCCGACCACAACUGCCCUGGUUCAUGCAGCUUCAUCUUUUGCUUGGACUGUUUCAGUAGCUUCCAGGCUGUUUUCCUCCAUCCAUCCACUCUGCUGCUGAGAGACCUUUCCAGAAUGCAAAUCUGACAGUCACCACCCUAGCUAAAGGUUUCCCCAACUGACCUCAGGGAGAGACCCUAGCCACUGCCUGUCCCUCCAGCUUCAUCUUAGCACUGUUUUCUAUCACCAGUCAAACCACAGGCUCUGUGCUGUGGAAGUACCUAGCCAGGUGGCCAUCCUUUCCACCUGCCUCCAGGAGCUAAUUCGUGUAGCCACCUCCACUAGGAAGCAUUCCUAGAUUGCCCUUCCCAGUCUGGGAAAGAAGCCCCAGAGUUUUGGUUAAAGAUUUCCUUCCCUGGGGAACUCUCUUUUGUCGUCUGUGUCUCUGAUGAAACAGGCACUCUGCAUUUAGAUUCUUUGGUGCCUGGCACAGAGGGGGCUGGGGUCAGACCAAAUGAUUGUGGAAUGGAACAGAAGUCAACUCUGGGAGCACAAACGAGGGCACCCAGACUAGAAACUUUCAAUUUCCCCGAAGAAACACACAUGCUAGAAGCAGCCUCUCGGCCUCCGCCCUGGCCACGCCCUCUUCCUUCUCUCCCAGCUCCCAUUCUUCGCAAUGAAGCAGCCCACCAUCAGCGCUGGCAGCCAGCAGAGCAGAGAAACGCACCUCCCUGCCCCCUAGGUGGGCAGGGAAGGCCCUGUGAGGCGGGACGAAAUUGCGCUUUAAAAGAAAAGACGAGUUGGAGCUUGAUCUUAAAAAAUAAAGUGUGCGCACGUGUCUGAAGAAGAGAACGUUAAACAUCCUCUUUCCCCGGCUGCUAUUUCCCACGUGCGUUGGGUAAAGACACCAAAGCUGCCGAGCGACUGUGGGUGUCUCCUCCCCCUCAGGGGUACCCACCCUGGCGCUCCCGGCGCGCUUGAAUGAAUGGGGGAGGACCCGCGCGCAUGAAUGAGUGCGUGAGUGAGGGAGUGCGCGGGCCAGCGGGCGGGUGAAUGGCGACGGCGCCGACUCCACACAGGGGCGCGGGCGCGGGCUCCAUUUCCCUCUCCCGCCAGCUGGUGGCCUCGGGAAGGUGGCGGCGCCGGCAGCGGCCCGAGCUGGGACGGGCCGGGGCGCGGGAUGGUGGGGGAAGGGGCGUUCCCGGCGGCCGCGCCUUCCGCGGCUAUUGGAUUAGUGGCCUUCAGGGAUGAGCUCAGCCGGAUCGGCUUUCAGCUGCAGCCUCCGGGCCGGCCGGGAAGGCGGGGAGCGGGCGGCGGCGGCGGAGGAGGGGGAGGCGGCGGCAGCUGCAGCAUCCAGAGCUGGCCGCGGCGGCCGGCGCGCCCGGCGCACAAAGGCGCCCAGCCCCUGGGGAGGGCGAUGAGCACACCGCAGCCCGGGCCCCGGCCGCAGCUCGAGCCACAGCUGCGUGCGCCCAGGGCGCGGGGGAAGACGCAGGGCGCGCUAGGGGCCAGCGGCCGAGGCGCGGCCCGUGCGCUCUGAGCUGGGUCCUCGCCGCCCUCCGCGUUCGGCGCGGAGCUUCGGAAAGGCUAGAGCGCGGGCCUUGGCGUGCCCCCGGGAUCCGCGCAGGAAGGCGCCCCCCUACUCCCAUCCGACCUCCCGGGCCCUCCCGCCGCGCUCGAGCGCCAACUUCCCCAAGAACGCUCCAACUCCAGGCCACCCUGCCAGGCAGAGGGGGAGCUGCAGCUGAGCACCAGCCGUGAGGACGCGCUCCUGGCCUCGGGGAGCUAGCCGGCAUUUUCGGGGUCGCUCGGGCGCCCCUGAGUGGGCGGCAGUGGCAGACGCCUCUCCCGGGAGUCCAAGACCUGCCCGCGCUGGCGAUUCCUCCGGGGCAGGCACUCGCCCUCUCUUUUAUGGAGCUUGGGCCCCUGCCCCAGCCCAGUAGAGGCUGUGGAGGUGUACGAUCCGGACACCUGGUUCCCAGCCCGGUGGCCCGUCCCCGGCUGCAGGGAGCGCAGGCUCCUAGGAGGUAGCGGCAGCCCGCAGCGCCGGGCAGGGAACCAUGGGCCAGAAGCUCUCGGGGAGCCUCAAGGCAGUGGAGGUGCGGGAGCCCGCGCUGCGGCCAGCCAAGCGCGAGCUGCGGGGCGCCGAGCCGGGGCGCCCGGCGCGCCUGGACCAGCUGCUGGACAUGCCGGCGGCCGGGCCUGCUGUGCAGCUGCGGCACGCCUGGAACCCCGAGGACCGCUCGCUCAACGUCUUCGUCAAGGACGACGACCGGCUCACCUUCCAUCGGCACCCAGUGGCCCAGAGCACGGACGGCAUCCGCGGCAAGGUGGGCCACGCGCGCGGCCUGCACGCCUGGCAGAUCCUCUGGCCGGCCCGGCAGCGCGGCACGCACGCCGUCGUGGGUGUGGCCACCGCCCGCGCGCCGCUGCACUCGGUGGGCUACACCGCGCUGGUGGGCAGUGAUGCCGAGUCGUGGGGCUGGGACCUGGGCCGCAGCCGCCUCUACCACGACGGCAAGAACCGGCCCGGGGUGGCCUACCCCGCCUUCCUGGGCCCCGAGGAGGCCUUCGCGCUGCCCGACUCACUGCUCGUGGUGCUGGACAUGGACGAGGGCACGCUCAGCUUCGUCGUGGACGGCCAGUACCUGGGCGUGGCCUUCCGCGGCCUCAAGGGCAAGAAGCUGUACCCGGUGGUGAGUGCCGUGUGGGGCCACUGCGAAGUCACCAUGCGCUACAUCAACGGCCUUGACCCCGAGCCGCUGCCGCUGAUGGACCUGUGCCGGAGAUGCAUCCGCUCGGCGCUCGGCCGCCCGCGCCUCGGCGACAUCGGCGCGCUGCCCCUGCCUCAGUCGCUCAAAAACUACCUGCAGUACCAGUGAGCGGG